CUUGAGCGCAACGGGAAAUACCGACGCUGCGUUCCUGCUGAUAUAAAUAUUCGGAGGCCAUUUGACCCAAACAGUGUGUGCUGCUGUGUGUACCAGGCCCUGCUAUGGUGAGGUCUGUUAGCGAUGUCGGAUGUGGAGGCGACCUUUGAGGACUUCAUCGCCUCUCGAAGGUCCGGCCGCAGGAAUGCCAUCCAUGAAAUACCAGACGCCCCUGGGGCACAGGGACCCGCUGACCUGUCACAGAGUCUGGCACAACUUAACAUCAACAAGUCAGGAGAUGAAGGUGGAGACACAGAGAAGAGCCAGGACACUCCAGCUAAAGAAGAGGAGACACAAGCUGAGGGCAGCUAGGCGGCAUAGGCCUGCUGACAAGUGUGGACUCCAACUACAGCUUCUUCUAUCUGAGCCCUAAAUGCUCGGCCUCUAGCUGGCCGGUUGCACUUAAAGACUAUGAAGAGACGCAGAAGAAUCCUGCACUGCCACACUCUUGCUAUAAAGUAGUCAUCUCUCACUUUAAGGCAAACGUGCUUCAGUUCUCGCUUUGCACCUGGAUGUGUAGAAAAUGUUAAAAAGCCUACUUCCCUUGCUGCCUUUCCUUCGUAGCUGCUGAUAUGAGAUUGGAUAUUAUGCAUGAUGCAGUCUGACAUAAAGAACCAUAACCAGCUGUUUGACUGUCAUUGGUCCUAAUAAGAGUAAAGGAGAGGAGGAAAACGGGCCAUUAAAGGCUUUAGGGGAAGGUUUAAGUGAAUUCAACUUUGUACUUUCCCUUAUUCCGAAAUCAAUCAUCCCCAUGUGGCUGGGGAAAAACAUGGUGUGAUUGGACAUCUUUUCUUCCUCUACACUUUUUGCACCAUUGCCUGCAAACACACAUUACUCCAUCUAUCAGUACACACUGUGGCUAUAUCCGGUCUCCCUCAAUGUUUUUUUGUGUGUAUAUUUGUAUAUUCUUGAUCUCAAAACUGCACUAUGUGUCUUUUUUAAAGAUAAACAAAACACCUUAGGGAGAGUGGUAUUGUUUUUUUUGUUUUUUUUUGUAUAUCUUUGUCAGGCAUUGUGUCUGAGACAGUCGUGGUUGGAUUUGA